AUGUCUUCUAAACUAGCCUUGCUCAUCCAAGGCCUCUUUAUUGUCGUUGUUUUGAUCUCUUCUUUAGGGGAAGCUAGGAAAUUGGUUGAGGUUGCUACAAAGUCAACUAAUGUGGACGGUGCAAGUAUUGAUUGUUUUAUACCUGGUAUUCCAUGCAUACCAGGAAUCCCAUUCCCAAAUAUACCAGGUAUACCAUCAAUUCCAGGCUUACCCAUACCGGUAAUUCCAGGAAUACCCAUACCAACAAUUCCAGGUAUACCAACAAUACCUGGAUGGCCUUGGACACCAAGUCCACCUUCAACUCCUAAAACACUUAAUCCAACUUAUGAAUCACCCAGCUCAACUACGAUAUCGCCAAGUUCAACUCUUGAAUGA